GGCACUGACUGACUGGACUGUGCUGUGCCAGAUGCAAACCGCUUGUACUGAGUUGAGUGCGUCUGUCUGUGCAUGCAGUUAUGUUUUUGACUUCGUUUUCGUGAACUCCUCUUUCUCUCUCCAUCUCUAUCUUUGAGCUCAGUAGAGGCUCUAGGAAGCCACACUGGCUGCCCCCUGCCCAUCUUGGAUGAAGCUGAUCACGCUGCAUGCCUGAUGCUGUUGGCGUGUGAGCCAAGCAGAGAUUUGAGCAAGCUGUUCUCAGCUUUGUAAAUUGAGAAUGUCCUUGUUUACAGUUGAACGCAGUUCGCAAAGUAGCCCUGUGGAAUCCAGCUCGGAGGAUGGCGAGAGCUCGGAUAAUCGGUCACGAUGCUCCAGUGUGGAUGGCUUCUGGACGUCAAAGAAUAUCGCUAUCUUCCUACCCACUCAGAAACUCUGGAACAGUGUCAAGCAGUCAAACAGCGGCCCGAUCAGCGAGCAUCUGCAGAAGCUUAUCCUUCUCCUCCGGCCCAACGAUCGAUGCUCUUUGGCCGUAGAGCUGGAGUCGCCAGCACCGAGCGUAUCGCGGUACCUGGCCAUCAUCUCGUUUGUUGGUGUCCAUGAGCACGAGGAGUGCAUCUGUCUGGGUGUGGAAUAUCAAGCAAAGACUGCACGCGUUACUCUUGUUGUUCCCAUCUACCGGGACACCUCAGUCAAGCUUUCCGGUGACGGGCGCUUCACGUUGACGGUAGGCCAGUAUUUCUACACGUUCAAGCCGGUCUCCGUCCAGUGUAUGUGGGCAACCAUUCAGAAGCUGCACGAGACGAUCCACUGUGCGUCUGCCAACAACUACUAUCACGGAGGCCUGUCUCACACGUGGACGUCCUACUACCAGUCUCGACUCACCAGCGAUCAGCGCACUCUACGUGACUGGGCGUUCACGGAGGAUUCCACAACACGUCCUGAUUCGCCAGGAAUGUCAAGAACAAGUGAUCGUGAGGACCCACUCAAGAUCCGCAUCGUCAACACGUUGCGUGCGGUCAUGCAGACGGUCGACUUGGAAUGUGCCACUAGCAAGGAGAUUCGUAACCUGUGCGAAGAGAAGCUGAAACUUGACCUGAAGGACUAUCGUGGCUUCAUUGAUCAGCAGACGUUAUCAAUCUUUGGGCAAAUGGAGCUGUCAUCAGAGAUUUUUGAUUUCCUCUACUUGGGCUCAGAGUGGAAUGCAAGCAAUUUCAAGGAGAUGCAGGAGAAAGGGAUCGGCUAUGUUCUAAACGUUACAUGUGAGAUUGACAAUUUCUUUCCGGACUCGUUUCACUAUUACAACAUUCGUGUGUGGGAUACAUCGGAAACUGAUCUUCUCAAGCACUGGGAUGACACCUAUCAGUUCAUCAAGAAAGCACAGGCAAACAACUCAAAGGUGUUGGUACACUGCAAGAUGGGAGUGAGUCGCUCAGCCUCAACAGUGAUAGCGUUUGCCAUGAAGGAAUACAAGUGGCAGCUGAAGGAGGCACUGGACUAUGUGCGAAAGCGUCGUGAGUGCGUCAACCCCAACUGUGGCUUCAUACAGCAGCUGAGACAGUAUGAAGGCAUUCUUGGUGCUAGGCACAACCCUGUAUGGGGAGAGAAGGCCACACUGCGCAAGCGCGUCACCGAGAUCCCGGGACCGUCACCACCGGCCUCUUGCCGCGUGAGCUCCGCCAGCGAGGACCUAAUGGUGGACAUUCCCGGAAUGGGCAGUUGUCAUGAUGCCGAUGCAGACGAUGAUGAUGACGAUGUUGCUGCUGCGGCAGGAGCAGACGGUAGCAAAGCGUUUGUCCGCACGUCAUCCGUCUCUCGCCUGCGCCUCAGCUCUCAGCGACCAAAGUCCUGGGCAGGCACCAAGCGCGAAGAGGAGCUCAUGAAGGAGCAGAACAUCAGCCUCUACUUUAAGAGCUUGAUGAGCGAGCAGCAGCAGGUUCCGGAUGAGCUGGCUACGUGUGCAGUGGAGGUGAGGGGUGCAGCAGCGGCGGCAGCCACGUCUAAGCGACAUCACCUGACCACGGGCACAUGCCCAGUGAGCCAUGCCGACUCCACGUCAGCAUCUGCUGCCACUGCCAGAGCAACUUCGCCGGCCGGUGCAGAGUUUGCGCCAGGCCAUCGGCGUGCGAGCAGUGCCAAGUCCUGGGACCCGACUGCAGCGUUCAGUCGCCAUGGCGCUGGCCAAACGGCUGGCACUGGUGGCAUGACAACAAGCCUGUCGUCGUCCUCGGCGCUUGGAAUGACUGCUACUGCUGCUGCUGCUGCUGCUGGUGGUGACGGCAGUAGCUGUACCCUAGCGACAACUAGUACUCGGCCACACUCACAACAGCUGUUAGCCACUUCAGCCACAGCGCCAGCAGCAGCAUCGGCAGCAGGACCGCAUAGUCCCAUUGAGGACAGUAGCCACACGCCGGUUGCCGAUCGGCAGCCCAGCGCACAGCAGAUCGAGAGUGAGCUUGGCUCUCGCCUACGCCAGGAGUUACCGGCGGAUCGGCUAGACACACUGUCACAGCGUACAACCAGCGUGGGUAGCGAAUGCAGCUCGUCGCCUGGAGACGUGCCGGCGGAUGUUGAGAUGGCUGCUCAUGCUGGUAACAGCGAUACUAGAUCUGAAUCACCGACAUUAACUGCAGAUCGUGUUCGCCAGCAGGUUGCCAGCUUUGAGUCGCGUACGUCUUCUGAUGAUGUGACACCGACGCAGCGACGCCUUAGCUCCUCGGCUGAUACGGUGCAGCAGGCUGGACAAGUAACACCUGCGGGUCUGCGUACGAUAUCACCCACCGCAUCUCCAGCCCGUGUUGCCAACUCUGGCGCUGCUUCAUCUGGCCCCGUUUCACCGACCCCUCCACAGGCAAUGUCACCCACGCCGCCUGCAACAACAGCAUCGGCUUUGGCGACGACAGCAACGCCGCCAUUACCUGGAACACCCGUCAAGGAUGACACCACGUCGUCUGUAACCGUAGUGGAAACGCCCAACAUUGGCCCCGUGCGUCGUGUACGUGUGGAGGAGCGACCGCAGAUCAGCAGUGUUCACCAUCGCGUGCAGUCUAUUGAGAGAUUCAAGAUCUUCACACCGCAGGAAACUCGCCAAGUGAGUCAUACCGCGGCCACUGACAAGUCCGACCCAGCCACAUCAUCUACAGAUCCUGCUGCGGCGGCUGCUGUGGACGAUGUCGCUGCCGCCUACGACGAGUCAUAUGUUGCUGUUGCACAGACCAUCGCCAUGUCCACGGAGGCACAGUCAACCGUGGACACUGUGCCGAAUAUCGAGCGCGCCGCCUCGCCAUUGCUACCUCCUAACUGUCGCUCGUCUUCCUCGUCCUUAUCAUCACAGGAGAGAACUGAGCAGUGCUCUUCCGGGCAUGUUCAAGAGAGCCAUCAACAGCAGGAGAGUGAGUCACUGUCUCCAAGUGAAGACCUACCCAACAACACUACUGAACAACCGUUGAAUCAUCCUGAAUCACCGCCACAGCAGCAGCAGCGGCAACAACACGGCGGAGGGGAGCGUCCGUCCACGCCAACGGAAUGUCCUGUAGGUGUCGCGGAAGCAGGGUCAAGCUGUGAAGCUCCGCCGCCACAACCACCACCAGCAUCAUCAUCACCAGAACGAGACAACACGAGGACUACUGCUGUACCGACUCCUAGCUGCAGUGACACUAGUGGCAGUAGUGGCAGUGGCAGCAGCAACACGACAAGCUCUGCUAGCACUGGCACGGCAGUGUCGAGCACAGCUGACAAACCGACCUUUUCAUUUGCAGGAUUCCACGCAGACACAAGCACAGCAGCGGCAGCAGCAACAGAAAAGGCACACACUGCGGGUGGUAAGCAGUCUCCGAGAAUGCGCUCAUCGGGCUCAUCACGGACUGCUGGUUCUCGCUCAAUGUCUGUUAGUAGUGGCGGCGGUAACAGUGGAAGACGAGCGCGUGCUCCGUACUCCUGGCUGAAUAAGAGAGGGGAGUCCAGUCCGUCACACUCACCACCGUUGCGUCGUGGAGACCAUCACUCGUCCGGGUCACCGUCGUCAUCGAUUAUGGCAUCGCGGAGCAGUCCGCAGCUGAACCGCGGCUCUCGCUUCACGUUCCUCAGCCCUCGCUCGCAGCGUCGCUCCAUCAUGUCGUCGUCUCCAAGUGAGGAGAACUUUGUCACGUACAUUCCCACGCGGCGCAACACUGGCGGUGCGGAUAUGAAGCAGACGCAGCACUUCCAGUCGCUUCUCGACCGCUUCAAGGAGAUGUCCAAGCCGAAGAUGAAGUCACCAGUGUCUGAAGCAGAAGCAGCGACGACGGCAGCAGAUGAUGCUGACUGUGCAUUUCCUAGCAGUGGCUCACCAGGACUAGUGUCACCUGCCAGCACAAUACCGAUCCCUAUAGACACUUCUGUAGGCUCUCGCCAACAAGCACAGCAACAGCAGGCGCAGUCAGUACCCACUGUGUUGGAGGCAUAAGGUAUAACAGCACACACAGUCAGUACUAGCAUCCACUGUGUUGGAGGCACAGAGUGACAGCACACACGGUCAGUACUAGCAUCCACUGUGUUGGAGGCACAGAGUGACAGCACACACGGUCAGUACCCACUGUAUUGGAGGCGUAGGGUGGACUAGCUGCCUGGUGCUGGUGCUGGCACAGUGAAGUCAUCACAUUGCUGGUCUACAACGUUCACUCGCUGGCCUGCUCAUACUAGUACUGCAGCAACAGUAGUAGUUGUUGUUGUUGUAGACCAAGCACACGCUAUUGCAGCACUCUCGUGCUCUUCUCCUGUACACCGUGUGUAUAUACUCCACAAUCACUCUCCAGAAUUGAGCUUGAUAUAUUGGUGGCCUAUGGGCGGUGCGCAGCCCACCAACCCAAGCACCACCAUCACCGUCUCCCCGACUUGCAUGUGCAUUUCACACACCGGAGCUAGCCAGACACAUACAUAUUUAUACUCAAGACAAUCACCCAAAGACCCAUCUCCGGAUUGCCCUCUCUUCUCUUUCUUGAUCCUUGCCCAAUUUGUACCACUACUUGACUAACAUCGCAACUUUAUCAAAUGGGCUGGCCCUUAUCAUAUAAUUGUUUCAUGUUAUGUUCUCGCAUCUUUUUCUUCUUUGGAACUUUUAGUUGAUGUGAUCUUUGUGCAUUGCGGAAUUGCCGGUCUCACCCGGGCUGUGUGCUCAUCUGUAAUGGUGCGGCUGAUGCUCAGCGCUUCUUCGUGCUAGCGUGUGUGUGUGUGUGUCCGUGGGUGUGUGUGUCCGUGUGUGUGUGUGUGUGUGUGUGCCACUUGAAAUUUUUCACUGGUCUCUGCCCGGUGCUUCGAUUGGAAUAGCUGUCUUCUAUGUACUUUUUUCUUUUCGUCCUUUUUAAAACAGUUUUCUAGACGUUUUAGUGUGAUCAGUGAUCAUCAUCACCCUACCUAUCACCCUCCUGCUCAUCACCACCCUCAUCAUAUUCUGACCAGUAUUUAUAGCACUGUGGAAGGUGGUACGUGCCCGCCUGCUAUUUCAUUUACCUCUGCCUAGUUUUUUAGCCGAUGCUGUGUGUGUGUGUGUGCGCGUGCAUAUGUUUCUCAUGUUACUGUUUUUGAAGUAUUUUUACUGGCCAUUAUUCGCUUGACAUUGUAGGGUAUCUUUUUUUCCCACUUUGUUCUCGUAACCGCAUGUACAUGUUGUGCUCUUGUUCUACCAAGCGCUUUUUUAUCAAUGUAUUUUUUUAACAAAUGCGCCGGUAUGGUGUACCACAAGCAUAGCUUAGAUCACUGCCGGCUGCGGCUGCUCGUGGCCCUACAAGCUGUGUUGUCCCCACCACCGGCGUCCCUCUUGCCCACAGAGCUAGAGCCUCAUUAUUUAUUUUUUGAAACUCUUUUCCAGAGUAGGCGGCUGGCUGGACACUUAUUCAUGUUUAUUAUUUCGAGCCUUGUUGUAGUCAGGGUUUUUAUAGUGGUCCACCCAUUGUCUCUUUUUCUUAUAUCCUUGUCGAUAUUUAUUGUUGCGUUCUGUUCUGUCUUUGGCGUGCUCUGUAUAAAAAGACAGCAGUUGAAAUAUUAAUAUUCCAUUGAAA